AUGCAAACUGAAAAGAAUUUCUUUUUCUAUGACACUAGUAUAACACUCAAAGACGAUGUACACAAAAUCGUACCUAAAGAAGUUAAAGAAGGUCGAUCUCCACCAUUUAUGAACUUUAACACUGCUGAACAUAGUGUUUAUGCUACGUUGCAUCCUGGUGAGAAAUGCCACUUCACUUACAUACUGAUACCCUACCCGCCCUACCUACCCUACCCUACCCUACCCUACCCUACCCUACCCUACCCUACCCUACCACCCUACCCUACCCUACACUACCCUACCACCCUACCCUACACUACCCUACCUUUAACCUACUAUACUGUACCCUGCUUUACCCUACCCCUGUCCUUAACAUACUUUACUCUACUCUAUUAUACUUCACCAUACUUUACCUCUUCUAGCCCUACCGAACCCAACCUAUCUUUCUUUGUUCUACCUGAUCUUACCUUGACCCACCCUACCGUAUCCAAUCACUUUUUUCUUCAGGCAUGCUAGACUACCUCCCCAUGCCAUAUGAUGUUAUUGUAGCCCUAGAGUACCAAAGCAUAUUGUUCAUCUCUGACUCUCCUUAUACUCGUCGUUUCCUCAAAUGGUUCUCAUUAUGUGCGCUGACUGAAGACUGUAUAUCUCCGCCGAAUGCUACAGUAUCUUGCGAUUUAUCGGCCAAAGAUCGUUUUUACAGUAAAAUGGGUCGAAAUUGUCAUCGUUUCGACCAAAAUCUCUGGAAUUUGAUUAACCUACAAUACCUUUUUGACCCAUUCUACAAAGGUGCUCUAAGACUGGGACUAGUGCACGAGUGGAUAGAUGGUACUGCUAAUUCUGACGAUAUAUCAGAGUUUAUUAAUGAGACAAUUACUAAAAGAGAUGAGAGGUUUUUACCGUUGGGGAUGAUGUUCAAUGUUACCAGGGGUAAUGUCAUCAAUAGAAAGAUAAAGUUAGACUGUUAA